AUGAGACGGAGGAUUGUCCGAAACAAGAAGUCCAAGAAGAGAUGGUCCGAACAAAGCCAAAGAAACCACCACCACCAUCUCGAGAGUACUGCGAUUACUGUGAAAUGUUUGGCCAUGACACGUUUGCCUGUAAUACGCACGACAAGAAGAAGAAAAAGGAUUACACUUUUUGAUUUUUUCUUGCUUAUUUUUAGAAUUAGAUUUAGAUUUCUGUAUGUAGAUUUUGAAAGAUUCUAUGGUCAUCAAUUGCUCACUCGCCUUGCAAUUAAUAUAGGUACAGAGUCAGGGGUAUGUUGUGUACUUAACUAA